AUGACACCACCUCCAGACCCCACCCCACACCUCACCUCUCUCCAACGCGAUGGCUUUGUCGUAAUCCCCGGGCUUCUCUCCCAAUCUCAGCUCAAGGCAUUGCGCGCCGCCGCCUCGCACGCUGCCGACCUGGCCCGCAGCGGGAAAUGGCCACAUAUCCGCACAGUCGCAAAGCAAUUCCCGCCAUGGCCCUCAACCCCCCCACCAGCCCAAGAGGGUGGAAUCUGGGGAGUGCAGCAUCUCAUGCACCCCGAAAUGCCCGGGCGCAAUGAGUUCGCGAAGCUCUACUUUUCCCCUCGUGUGCUCGAGAUCGUAGAGGAAUUGGUCGGCGUCAAAAAGACCAAACCCGGAUCAAAUGCGGAAUCACCACAAGGAGAAGAGCAAGAGCAAGAGCAAGACCAAGACCAAGAGCAAGACCAAGAGCAAGACCAAGAGCAAGACCAAGACCAAGAACCACUAACCAUGGAACUCCUCAACCUGCUCAUUUCCCCCACAUAUGUCCCAUUCGCCCUACGCUGGCAUCGCGAUGAAAUACCCACUCCACCCACGCUCAGCGCUGAGGAUGAGCUGGCUGCCCUUGUGCAGAAGUCCCCGCCUGAUCGCCCGGCGUCGCACGCCCAGUACAAUAUCCCCCUGUACGAAGAUGCGUCGCUCAUUGUCGUUCCGGGGUCGCAUCGACGGGCGCGCAACCAGGUAGAGCGCGAGGCAGAUCCCUAUGAGGAUAAUCUACCCUGUCAGAUGGUUGUGGAAUUGCGGCCGGGGGACGCGGUGUUCUACGACAGUAAUAUUUGGCAUAGAGGAGUGUACGACGGCGUUGAUCCCGAUGUCAAGGGGGAAGAUGGGGUGGUGCAGGGGCUGAGAUUGACCAUUCAUGGGAGUGUAGGGCUGGCGGUUGGCAGUGGCGAUGGUGUUGGGGGGGAGGAAGGGAAGAAGGCGAAUGCCAGAGCCAAGGUGGUCUUGCAGCACGGGGUAGGGUUCUGGGUUAAUAGAGAGGAUGCCUCGUUUAAUGGGUUGGAUGCUGUUGUUGAAAAGAGGGCAGAGAGGAUGCGGAAGAGGCUUAUUGAGAUGGGAAGUGGAGAGGGGAUUGGGUAUGCCCUUGAAGGGUAG